AGCUCACCUGUCCCCCCCCACCAUCCUCUCACCGUCCUCCAGGCUUUAGCAGAGGGGUCGCAAGACGAGUUCGACACCUGUGCUGCUGAAAUAGGAUUUCCCUGCACUCACAUCCAGGACUCUGGUUCCAGAUUUCAUUCUGCUGUGACUCAUCACUGAUUUAUUGAGACCUUCAGAUGUUCAGGAAAUCACAGUUUUGUAUGAGCAGCUCCAAAGAUCUUCUUCAGCACCAGGAACUCAACUUUUCUGCAUCUCUGGUGUCAGCCUGAAGAAGAAAGUCAACUGUGUGUGCAGGUGGUGCCAAAGUUAUUGAUCCAUCCAUCCAUCCAUCCAUCUUCCUCCGCUUAUCCGAGUCUGGGUCCGGGUCCAGACACUCCUCUCCCCGGCCACUUCCCCCAGCUCCUCUUGGAGGAUACCAAGGCGUUCCCAGGCCAGCUGAGAGAUAUAAUCUCCCCAGUAUGUCCUUGGUCUUCCCCGUGGCCUCCUCCCAGAUGGACAUCCCUGAAACAUCUCCACCAGGGAGACAUCCGGGGGGCAUCCUGACCAGAUGCCUGUACCACCUCACCUGGCUUCCCUCUCGGAUGUCUGAGCUCCUGACGGUGAGGGUUGGAACGUAGAUUGACCGGUUCUCUCCCUCCUGACGGACCUUCACCUGCAGACCUCCAUGCAACUCACUCCAAACGCAACCACAACACCAAAACUCUAAAUAGGACUAUCUGUGCUCCGUCUCUCGCUCUCUGAGUGGCACGUCGGCGCUGUGGGGGCCAGCCGGGUCGAUGAGAGUGUUUUCCUUCCAGACCGUCACCUGCAAAGACGUCAAUAACACUCAAACACGACGCCGCGCUGUGUUAAGCAACUCCUGCUGUUUGUCCUACACGCUCCCUCCUUAAUGCUUUAAUGCUGUUUAAGUUUAUUCAUAGUUCUCACAGACGUUUAUUGAAGAGCGAGGGGAUAUAAUGAGUUUAGUUUCCUGAGUUACAGUUGCGUGCGGAUGGAGAGGACAGGAGAGCAGCUGGUGAUGCCGAAUAAAGUCCUGAUAUGCCAAGAGGAUGAUGAAGUAGCAGGACUGCACCAAAGCUGGUGAUAGGACAGAGAUUCAAGGCUCCAGAGUGCAGGGAUUGGUUGAACUUUGCUGCUGUUGCAUCAUCAGGACUUUCAGGAGGAGGUUCAGGUCUAAACUCACAGUGUAUCUGCUCAGGCGAUCCAAUGAUCUCUGAGGAGGAGGAGAGAGUUUCAGCCCUGAGAGCAUACAAGUUAAAUUAUCCAAACUUUGCUUUCCUUUGUGAGAAAUAAAGCAAAAAACCCACAAAUGGAGGAAUAUCUCCAGAGCCUCUGCUGCAAUAAAAGCCGCAGUAUUAUUUAAGACUGCGUGUGGGAUGGCCAGACUUUAGUUUUAGUCUCCUCCCAGCAGGUUCCCAAACACCGGGUGGCAGAGAGAAUGAAAACCUUUUCUGCUUCUCCUCUCUGUUCUCCUCUUUAAGCUGUGCUGCGGUCUGUGGGGAGAGGCAGCACAUGAAAACACCAAUCUCUUCAUGAAUAAAAUGUUUGAUUAAACUGCUAUGUGGUGAGAAUUCAGGCUUCAGGGCUCCCAGUGCAAAUAUCAAGAAAGGAAAAUUAAACUGUGUUGGAUGGAAAUGCACGCCGAUAUUAGAAUUACAGUGAAGAAAUACAGACACACACUUUACCAACAAGAUUUAAGAUUUCACUCCCUCUGAGUUUGAGAUCCUCUGGAGAUCCUGAAGCUUCUCUCCAAAAACUGGAAUCAAACUGCAUCAAAUUUUCUUUAAUGUUCUUGUUCACUUGUUGUCUUUCAUGUCAGUGAGGAGGAUCUGAUCAUCUCCCUCAGGUGCUUCACACACUCCUAUCACCUGAAUCCUCCUGCCCCCUGCUGCUCAGGUGUGACCACAUAGCAUCGUCCCGUGUGGAGCCUCAGAGCUGCUCUGAGUGUACUUCUGGACCCAGCCUCAAGUGGACACUCUAGGAACUGCAGUUUUUAACACUUCCUGAGGCGUGCUCGUUGAGAGAAGACUUCUUCCUCACUGAACAUCUCUGCAUUCCCUCAGCCCGUCUGUGACAUGAAGCAGGAUGAAGACUUCUUCAGUCACAGGAUACUGGAUCACAGUGGAUUCCAGAGAGUCCUAAGCUCUCUCCUGCUCUGGACGAGGGCGCACAGUGGCUGCAGAUCUCCACACAGGCUCUCAUAAUGGGGAGCUCAGAGAAAUCUGCUUCAUUGGGCUGGAGCUCCGUCGCUCAGCUCGCUGUCUGAGCAGGAACAGGAAGUAUCUAGGUGGAGGGGUAGGGGGGGGGCACCAAGAAGGACCCGAGGGUGGACCGUGACCACGUCCCGCCAGGCUCAGGCUCAGGCUCAGGCUCAGCACCACAGGAGCAUGUCCGGACGCCCUUCAUGGAUGUGUCGCUCCACGGCCGGGGUCAUCCCUCUGCUGUGGGUGUGGCUGGCAGCCAUCUUUGUGGUGGCGGCGGCUCAGACCCAGCAGCAUCCCGUCGUGACUACUAAUUAUGGGAAAUUGCGAGGAGUGAAGGUUACAUUACCCAACGAGAUCCUGGGGCCGGUGGAGCAGUAUUUGGGGAUCCCGUAUGCACUCGCUCCCACAGGAGAGCGGAGGUUCCAGGCGCCGGAGCCGCCGAUGUCCUGGCCGGGGAUCAGGAAUGCUACUCAGUUUGCUCCAGUUUGCCCUCAGUUCUUGGAGGAUCGCUUUUUACUCAAUGAUAUGCUGCCAGUGUGGUUCACAGCUAACUUGGAUACAGUGGUUACCUACGUGCAGGAGCAGAGCGAGGACUGCCUCUACCUGAACAUCUACGUCCCCACAGAGGACGGAGCAAACAGGGAGCAAGGCACAGAUUUCUACAGUAAUGAUGGUGGCGGAGACGCAGAUAUCCAUGAUGAGAACGGGUUGAAGCCGGUUAUGGUUUACAUCCACGGCGGCUCCUACGUGGAGGGAACCGGAAACAUGAUCGAUGGCAGCAUCCUGGCCAGCUAUGGGAACGUCAUCGUCAUCACCAUCAACUACCGGCUCGGAGUUCUAGGGUUUCUAAGCACAGGAGACCAGGCAGCCAAAGGAAACUACGGCCUGCUGGAUCAGAUUCAGGCUCUCAGGUGGAUCAAAGAAAACAUCCAGGCCUUCAAAGGAGACCCGAAGAGAGUGACCAUCUUUGGAUCUGGAGCGGGAGCAUCGUGCGUCAGCCUGCUCACCCUCUCGCAUUACUCUGAAGAUCUGUUCCAGAAAGCCAUCAUCCAGAGCGGCACAGCCCUCUCCAGCUGGGCGGUCAACUACCAGCCUGCCAAGUACACGCGAGCUCUGGCUGAGAAGGUGGGCUGCAACAUGCUGGACACCAUCGACCUGGUGGAGUGUCUGCAGAACAAGAACUACAAGGAGCUGAUCGAGCAGUACAUCACGCCUGCAAAGUACCACAUCGCUUUCGGGCCUGUGAUCGACGGCGACGUCAUCCCUGAUGAUCCUCAGAUCCUCAUGGAGCAGGGGGAGUUCCUGAACUACGACAUCAUGCUGGGGGUGAAUCAGGGCGAGGGGUUUAAGUUUGUGGACGGGAUCGUGGACAGCGAAGACGGAGUGUCAGCCAAUGACUUUGACUUUGCAGUGUCAGACUUUGUGGAUCAUCUCUACGGCUACCCAGAGGGCAAGGACACUCUGCGUGAGACCAUCAAAUUCAUGUACACGGACUGGGCGGACAAGGAGAAUCCAGAGACCCGGCGCAAGACCUUGGUGGCUCUAUUCACAGACCACCAGUGGGUGGCUCCUGCGGUGGCCACGGCAGACCUGCACGCCCAGUACGGGUCUCCCACUUACUUCUACGCUUUCUACCACCACUGUCAGAGCGACAUGAAGCCCAGCUGGGCUGACUCGGCACAUGGGGACGAAGUGCCGUAUGUGUUUGGAAUCCCCAUGAUCGGACCGACGGACCUCUUCAACUGUAACUUCUCCAAGAACGACGUGAUGCUGAGUGCCGUCGUCAUGACCUACUGGACUAACUUUGCCAAAACAGGGGAUCCAAACCAGCCCGUCCCACAGGACACAAAGUUCAUCCACACAAAACCCAACAGGUUUGAGGAGGUGGCUUGGACCAAGUACAACCCCAAAGACCAGCUCUACCUUCACAUUGGUCUCAAACCACGAGUCAGAGACCACUACCGCGCCACCAAGGUCGCCUUCUGGCUGGAGCUCGUUCCACAUCUGCACAACAUAAAUGAGUUCUUUCAAUACGUGUCCACCACCACCAAGAUACCUCCACAGGACACCACCCCGUACCCGUACACAAAGCGGUUCCCAGGUAAGAACAACUGGCCCUCCACCACCCGACACCCGGGGGUCCCUCCCGCCAACACCAAACAGACCACCGACCAGCGCAAGAGCGGCGAACUCACAGACGAGUCGACCGUCGUGAUCGAGACAAAGAGGGACUACUCCACCGAGCUGAGUGUCACCAUCGCCGUCGGAGCCUCCCUUCUGUUUCUGAACAUCCUGGCCUUCGCCGCACUCUACUACAAGAAAGACAAGCGGCGGCACGAUUCCAACCGCCGCGUUCCCACUCCUCAACGCAACUCCGUUCCAUCCAAUACGCCCUCCACCGCCAAUGACGUGGCCCACCUGCAGAGCGAGGAGCUGAUGUCCCUGCAGAUGAAGCAGCAGCAGCUGGAGCUGGAGCACCACCACGAGUGCGAGUCGAUGCAGACCCACGACACGCUACGCCUCACCUGCCCGCCCGACUACACCCUCACUCUGCGGCGGUCGCCCGACGACAUACCCUUAAUGACCCCCAGCACCAUCACCAUGAUCCCCAACUCACUGGCUGGCAUGCAGCCUCUGCACAACUUCAACACUUUUGGUGGCAGCCAGAACAGUACCAACUUACCCCACGGCCACUCCACCACGCGGGUAUAGCUCCGCCGCUGCCGGAUCCCCCUGUGGACCAGCCCCCAACCUCGCAAGGCAAACAUGACAAGAUGAAACUGUGUGAAGCACAGACUCGGCAGAUAUUAUUUUGCUACCAUGCCUUCUUGAAAAGUAUAUACAGUAUAAAUCGAUAAAGAACUCCUGAGAAUAUUCAAAGUGAAUGUUAUUAUAGUAAUAACUCUUUUUGGAGCUACAGCGAAGGUUUCGAAGAGUUUUACCAAAAGACAAGGCAUCCAGGGGAAGACUGUUAAUAAUCUUAAAGGGAACAGCUGCAGUGUGGAGCCUCUGCGGAGGCUUUCGUGCCAUAAAAACACAACAGGAAGUCGACGGCGAAGUCAGGUGUUGAGAAGCGUCUGGAGCAGCAUCAGACAUUUAGACUUGGGCACAGAGUUCUACACCCCAGCCUGAAAUGUAUUUAUGAAAACUUUGUAUAAAAGAGAAAACAAGAAAAAAGGUAUAUAGUUGUGCGUGGAAUUUUAAAACUUUUAAAAAGAAAAAUAAGAAAAGAGCUCCUCCUAUUAUUGUUUUUAUAUUGGCUGAGAUCUUUAGUUUUUCCAGCUUGUGGAUUUCCGUUUUCGGUGCGUGUAAAUAUUCCUGAAACACUCUUCAUUCUUUUUCUGAUUACUACCUGUGUGUCAUACUUUUUCUUUUUUCACAGAACGACCAAAAUGCGAACACAAUCCCAUCCUCGGAGAGUUGCACACUGUGCGUCUGCAGGCCGUCACACACACCACCGUCUCGUGCGUUGAUUUGUUUCCACUUUUUUAGACAUUUGCAUGUCCAGAAAGAGCUUUACUCUCACACGUCUCCUGAGCGUCUGAGAACGACAACUGACUUGAUCCCAUCACCUGCCGUCAUCCUGUUAUGCUUCUGAUAGUUUCUUUGUGGGCUUUUUUCUGUCUUGCAACCUCAGCACUGCCUGAGCUUACAAUGUGACCAGCAAUGUAUUAUUUAGAAACAAAAAAGGCAGUGGAUUUUUGUAUCGAUAUUAGUUGGAUAUGUUUGUAAAGAAAUAUAUGUUAGAUAUUUCAAAUUGUCAUAUGCUAGCAAUAUGUAAAGUAUUGUGCCAGGCUUGUGAUAUUUUGGGUUACAAAAGCAAGUGAAUGAGUGUAAAUAUUAAUGAUAUUAAUUAUUAUAAAAUUACAACAAAAGUUACCAUUAACUCUCUUUCUGUUUUGCAUCCUGUUACAAAGAAAUGGAAGAACAUUCGAAGGUUUGAAGACGCUACAAAAGAUCUGUUCUUGCCAUUUGGUCCCUGAACCAGUCGAGAUAAAAAGGGUUUUAAUGUAGACUUUUAAAAUCCUUACUUUGUCUUAUAUUUGUUUGCGGUUUUGCCUUAAGUGAUAAUAGAGAUAUUUCUGGCUGGACACCUGUAUAAACUUUUUCUGCAACAUUUUUAAUAAAAUAUCACAGUAUUUUCUA